GGCGCUCUACGAAAUAGGCGACAUUCAUGUUCAACAUGUUUAUCUCUUGACCCAGAAAUGAUAUAUAAACUACAACUUUAGAAGAAACGCCAAAGCACACGUCCUUCCAGAGAGCUGCUAUGCAGACGCUGCGAGUUGCUACUGCUAUUCUGUUUGUUCUGAAGCAUAUAUCUGCCAGUUCAACCAAUGAAACCCCCAAAGCAAAUGAAUAUGACAUAAAAAAGUUUCUCAACACCAAUGAAAUAAUCUGGACCCUAAACACCACUGCCUCUAUUCGUCGUCCCUGCCAACUUGAUGAGAAGUAUAACAUAACAGAUAAUACGACUGUAUUUUAUAGAGACUACCUUAACAGAUACAAAUUGUGGGAAAGAAAAACAUUAUUCGGAAUCUUUCGUCAUUGGGAUUUUAAGCCCAUUGCCCGAAAUAUGUAUGAUUCUAUGGAUACCAAGUACAAAGGUGGUGGUUUUUACGACACAGAGAUAAUACAUUACCAAGGAGAGAAUGAUGAGUGCGCUGUGUUCGCAAUUCUGAACGGAAAUAUCCGAAUACAAUUCACCUACGAUCUUCGAGUGAGGCACUCGUCGUUACAUAAAGCCUUUCAGUUAGACUGCUGGAAUGCCUACAAGAACAUCACACGUGGAAAGAGAUCAAGGCGUGUAUAUUUUCGUCAAUGUGAAGGUCUACUGAAACACCGCUUAGAAUGGUUCGCGCACGACCAGUUGACCAGUUUUUCUUGAAUAAAGUAAUCUAAGGAUUUCUUAGA